AUGGUGGCUUCGACGACCGAGCCUCCGGGUGCUCCUCCUGACGACGACCCGCCCAGUGUGGCAUCUCAUGACGACGGAGGUUGGACCCGACAACCGAGCGACAGUUCUCCGUGGGGCAACUGGCAGCGGGAUUACUACGGUCAAUAUAACUCUGGUUGGGAUUCUUGGGAGGAUCAUCGCUGGAGUUCGGGUGAUCGUUGGUCUUGGCAGCCUUGGGGUUACUACAACAACUACCGUAGUGCCCAGCAACAUCCUGGAUCAUGGGGAGAUUAUGAUUCCUGGAACCAGUAUAGCAGCUCUGGCGAUCCAGAGCAACCUACACAGCGCGAGCAAGAUGAGAAUUCCGAAGACCCGCCUGCUUCGAGCGACCCCUCAAACCCGGAUGAAAGCUCACAGGAUGUGCGGAGACCUUCAACCACUACCCAGGAGAGUACCGAUGCGACGAGGACUCCUUUGAGGCAAAGCCGUGACAGUGGCUCGGUGACCUCAGAGACUUCUGGGAAGGCUGAUUCGAAGGGCUCUUUCAGUGAGAAGAUGGCGGUUCCUACUUUCGGGGCGACUGGAAGUGGGGAUGAAUUGGGUGUUUCAGCUAGAUCAUAUCUACGACAAAUCGAAGCCUGGAGCAAAGUUACACGCACCGCUCCAGCCCAACAAGCUCUUCUUCUCUAUCAGAAUCUUAGUGGUCGUGCCUGGGUUGAAUCAGAGGAAUUGAACGUCGAGGACCUAGCGAGUGAACGUGGGUUGCAGAUCUUCAAGUCAUGGGUUCGUGAACGGUAUCAAGAAGUCGAAGUGAGCCGCAUUGCUGAAGCAUUGACUCUUUUCUUCAAGAAGAUGAAAUGCCAGAGCGGUCAGUCGAUCAGGGAAUUCAAUUCGGUCUUUGAUCGGAGUCAUUCGCGACUCCUGGAAAUCGACUGCAAGCUCCCAGAAGUCGCCCGUGCCUGGGCGUACCUCAACGCACUGGGCCUCAGCAACACAGAGGAGUUAUCUCUCCUAGCUUCUGUUGGAAAUGACUACAGCACUGCUAAGCUUCAGAAGGCAGCCAUUCUCCAUGAAAAGUCGCUUCGCGGGCCUUGGGUUCCUAAGCCGAAGGGUGAAGGCAAAGGUGCGAAGAGUGCAUUCUACACGGGAGUUGAUGACGAAGAGGGACUGAAGGGCAUCGAAGAAGAGGACAGUUCGGAGACCUACAUUUCUGAAGAAGUUGCUGUUGAACUUCAUGAAGCGUUCGUUGCACAGGAGUCAGCCAAGGCUCGCUACAGAGAUGUUGUGAAGGCCCGAGGAAUUGACCCUGAGACCCUCAAGAAGAAAAGCGGCGAUGAGGUGACCCGCCAACAGAUCGAUGACCGCCUUGCUCAGGCAAAACUUCGCAGCUACUGUGCAGGCUGUGGCAGACGCGGACAUUGGCACAAAGAUCCUGAAUGUCCAUUGAACAAGAAUGGAAACCCAGCUUCGAAACCCAAGACCGCCCAGGACCACCAAGCGCAUGCGACCUCGGUCUCUUCAGAUGCUCCGGCUAGCAUUGUCGAAGUUGCGUACAUGGUUGGGGAUCUUGGUGGUGAUCGUCUUCUUGCAAUCACUGACACAGCAUGUUCGAAGUCGGUGAUGGGACAGGGUUGGUUGGAGUCCUACGUUCGCCUGGCUAAAGAUGUUGGCGUUGAAGUCCAAUUCCUGGAUUGCCACGAUGACUUCAGGUUCGGAGCUUCGAAGCUGUUCCACGCUAGUUUUUCCGCUACAAUCAUGAUCCAGAUUCGCAACCGGGUGUUCAUGCUGAAGGCUUCUGUGGUGCAGGGAGAAGUGCCACUUCUCAUGAGCCGUAACGCGCUGAGCAAGCUUGGGAUGGUUUAUGAUUUGGAAGAACAUUCGGCACAGUUUAAAAAGCUCGGGAUUGACAAGUACAUGUUGCUCACGACGGACAGCGGCCAUCCGGCGAUCCCUGUGUCACCCAAAUGUGUUCCGGGAUUGAAGUGGCCUACGCCCCAACAGUGGGCUGGCUCUGAGGUGAUCAUCGUUCCUUCAGCUGAGUCGCAAUACAUGUCAUACAUGGUCAGUGCUGUCGAAGGGGAUGCGAGUGUUCCGGUUGAUCCGACUACCAGACGCGAACCAUUGAACAAGAACCCCGACCCUACUCCAGGACUCAAUCUUUUCCACCCGAAGAAGAUCAACGACUGCGUACGCAAUCUACUUUGUGCAGAGCCUCUCAAUGUGCAGUCGUUCGCUACCUGGUGGAGUCAGACUCCAAUCUCCAAGGAUUUCUGGAUUGAGACCCCCAACUCCUUCAUUAGGAUUCAUGUGAUUCCCCGUCGAGGAUUCUUCGACCCGACAAAGUGGAUCACCUCGCAAUCGGAAUCUCAUGCAGCACACUUGAUGGAUUGGGCACAGCACAUGAUCUCUGGCAUGAUCACCUUGAUGCCCUUCAUCCAGUUCUUUGGGUCGGCAGGUCAGUCUUCUCUCGAGCCACUGCUAGGGCCCCUCUCUUCGGUAGUCCCGCGGUCGUCCCUGCUCCAGAAGUUCCUGAUGUCCUCUUCCAGCGCCCCGGUGAAUGUGUGGAAAAUGAACAAGACGGAACUGAUGGCAGAGGCAAUGCGCCUGAAUCUCACGGUUCAUGCGACUUGGUCUGUGGGAGAAAUCAGACAGGUGAUCACGGACCACAAGCGGGAAUCCGGGGAAUCGUCAAUCCCGAAAGGACUUGCAUCGAUGACGCUCGAUCAGUUGAAGGCCCAAGCCGUGGAGUACCAGAUCGAAAUUCCGACCAAGCCGACGAAGGGCCAGCUCCAGAUGCUCAUCCGGGACGCGGCCACGCGCAACAAGGCGGAGGCACUCGUCACUUUUGGACGACACCGAGGAAAGUUGUUCAAGGAAGUGCCAUCCCAGUACCUGGAUUGGGCGAUGAAGGAGGUCGAGGCCCGGGGAGUCGAGAACUCAGGGCCGGAUCUUGUGAGCUUGGCAAACUACGCCAGGAGUCUCAUGGAGCCCGAGGAGACGAUCACCUACAAUCCGGAGGCUGAUGCGAGGGUUCCUCUUCCCUCGGAGGACGGAUCCAGCUGGGAGACCCAUUGGUCGGAGUUGACAGAGACGGGCAAGAUGAUGAAUGCAGGAAUGGGCUACGGGGCGAAGGCGAUGGCCAGACCUACGGAACAGCUCCCGAAAGCCGCUCCGAUGAAGAGGAUGACAGACGAGACGGUGAAGGGGCAAAAGCCUAUGGAGCAGGAGGCCGAACUUGAUGAGGAGCUUCCCUUAGAUCAUUUUGAAGAGCCGGGCGAAACAUUCACUGCCAACUUCCUUUCUCGGGAAACACGUGUGGAGGCGGACUCCCCUGAGAUUUUCUAUGAGGCUCGUGAAGACAUACCCGGUGCAGAUGCCAUUGGGAACUCCGUUGAACAUUUUGCAAAAGACCGCCUUGCGCAGAAGGACUUCACCUUCAGCACAUGUGAGAAAAUCGUCCGAGCGGUUUGUCAAAGAGCUCAGAGUCUACGAAAGAGGAAAAUCAACCAGGGCACCGACAGUAUUGCACUAGGGGGUUACUCGCAUGGGAACCACUAUGGCAUCAUUCAGAAGACUUACGCUUUCCAUCAGACCACAAAGUACAUCAACGCAUUCAUGAAGACCCACGGGGCGCACGGUACCCGUUGCUGGACGAUUGCAUUCGGUGACUACAACGGUGGACGUUUGUGGCUUCAAAGUGAUCCCGAUGCUAAGGUUGAUGGACCCUCCGACUUCCAGAACGUCAAGCUCUCGGAUGGGACUGAGGCAAUCGGUGAGGUCGUGAACACGCGUGAGCACAUGACAAACUUUUGUCCUAAGACCAGACAUGCAGUAGAAGAAUGGGAAGGUGACCGAUGCUCAAUCGUCGCCUACACGACCCGCGGUGUGCAACACCUCUCAAGGACAGAACGGGAUGUGUUGCGAACUUUUGGUUUUCCUCUCGGGAGACACGAAGGUUCCUCUCCAUGCGAUCGAGAAUCUUUCAAGCGGCCCAAGAAGAGCAUCAGGAAAUCCUUGUGGAAAGGUGCGCAGAGGGCUAGUGCUUUCCUCACUGUCGGGUUGGCUGCUGCUUCCUCGUUCCUGAGCGAAUACAUGCCCUCAGGAAAGGCGGUUGAACAAGCAUGCGUUUUCGAGAUUGGUGGCACCAACAUCACCUACCAGAUGGCCGAGGCAGGAGCGCACGUCGUGGAGCCUAUCUCCUGGGAAGAGUAUCUUGAUAGUGACCUCAAGUUCGAUGUGCAUCAGACCAUCCAGACGUUGAAACCCAAUGUAGUUUGGUUCCAAGGUGAGAGUGAGUUCAUUCAACGUGGAGACCGGGUGUUACAAACCAUUGACUACCAGCUUGGAUGUGGUGGUUCCGUGGUGCUACAAGGACUCUUUUACGACCCGAUUUGGAACAUGGUGAACUUCGAACUCUACGACUUGGGCAUGUCCCAACACGACCCGACCAAGGAGACGAAUCAGUACAUGAAGGGGUUCGGGAGGGAUUUGUGGCUUCGCACAACAGACGCAAUCACAUUGAUCAUGAAGGUGCUUCAGCGAUUCACUUUGACGGCGACGUAUGCUGGAGCUGACGAGGGAGUACUCAAGGCUUGCAAGAAGAUGCGUUGCGAAGACUGUGCCCGGAAUCAAGCCACACAAGUUGCUCGGCCAGCCACUCUUCCUUCUCUACUUGAUAUGAAUCAACUGGUCAGCGUUGAUGUGUUUCAUGUUUUCGAUGCAAACCGAGUUCGACAUGAAUUCCUGUCCGUCAUCGAUCAUGCUACCACCUUCCACUUGGUCUGUGAACUCGAGGGGCAUUCCGCCGAGGCUUUUUGUCGAAGUUUUACACAGUUGUGGGGAAACACUUUUGGAGCACCGGGAACGAUUUCAGCUGAUCUUGAAACAGGUCUUCAAGGGGGAAUCACAAAGUACGCCGAGUUCUUCGGAAGCAAUCUGCGCAGUUCGGCAGGCCAGGCACAUUGGCAACAGGGUGUUGUAGAGCGACACGGACUCUGGUACCAGGAAAUACUACGACGUGUCAUCGACGAGAAAUCAAUCACCAGUGAAGAUAUGUACCUUGCUGUCCAAGCUGUUAACUCGGCAAAGAAUGAACUGAGGAGGAGACACGGUUUUUCCCCAACUCAGGCCGUGUUUGGACGAGACCCAAGAUCACCAGAAGAAAUUUGUGGCGCUAACGACGAGGACCGGUACAUCGAGGUCUUGUCUGCAGAUCGGAAAAGACAAAGAGAAGUUAGUAUCAGGGCGGCUGCGAAGAUGGCUUUCUUCCGUACUCAAGCGGACUCCAAGUUCCGGAAGGCCCUCAUUCAGAGGAGUAGGAUCAAGAGAGGGGGAUAUGCUGUUGGAGAGCUCGUCAGCUUUUACCGCAUAGAAAAGGUCGCCACCAAAAGGGGAUCCUGGCGUGGACCGGGAACAAUCAUCGGGUCUGAAGGCGGGAACUGGUGGGUAUCAUUUGGGGGUCGCUGUCAUCUCGUUGCGGAGGAGCACUUGAGACCAUCGACACCGGAGGAGGUCGGUGACAUCUUAUCCACCAAAGUCGCUAGAGAUGAUCUGGAAAAGCUGCUCAACCUUGAUCCCGACGAUCCCGACACCUAUGCCCCUUCCGAGGAUUACGAACCCUCCGAGAUGAAUGUUGAACAUGAUGGCGCUGAUCCCGGGCAAGAACUUCGCCCAGUCACCGAUGAGGAGAUGGUGGAGGAUAUGGACUUUGCACUAGAGCUUGAGGGCGGUGAGUUGUUUCCAGAGCUGUUUGGUGAUGAAGGACAGACAGAACCCAGUAUGCCAGGGCCAGUCCGGAGAAGAGUACGUAAUAAAGCUCCCGAACCUUACGUUCAUACUGCACAUAUGAUGAAGCGCUGCCAGACUGAUCGGGCUCUCGAAAAGGCCCUUGAGAAAGAGAUCCCGUGGAAGCUGAUACCCGAAAGUGAACAUGAAGCGUUCAGGCAAGCCGAAGACAAACAAUUUCAGGAGCAUCUUGAUCACAGUGCCUUGAAACCAAUUGGGGUCGAAGAGUCUGAAGAGAUCCUUGCCAAGAUUGACCCAUCUCGCAUCCUCAACUCCCGUUUUGCGUAUCGGGAUAAACAUUGGUCUAGAAGGAAGAUCGACGCCUCCAUUCCGUGGAAGCACAAGGCAAGACUAGUGGUUUCCGGACACCGAGACCCAGAUGUGAAACACCUCGAAACCGACGCCCCCACCAUCAACCGCCUGACAAUCCUCACGCUGCUUCAGGUUCUUGCAUGUCGAAGGCAAUCUGAUGACUGGGAGGCAUCAGCUGGCGAUAUCACCGCUGCCUUCUUGAACGGUGACGAUAUGGACCGCGAACUUUAUCUACGACAACCAAGGACCGGACUUAGAGGGCUUGAUCCAAGGCAACUUCUUAAAAUCACAAAAGGGGUGUUCGGAUUGCCCGAUAGCCCACGCAAGUGGUGGAAGCGACUCCGCAGAGACAUGCUGAACAUCCGUAUCCAGGUUGACGGUGAGGAAUGCUUUUUCGAACAGAGCCCGCUCGACCCGUGUUUGUUCCAACUUGUUUCCGCCUUGAACAAGAAGCCGAAGGUCUAUGUUGGAGUUCACGUAGAUGAUCUACUGGUUGUCGGUCCUCGCAAUCUUUCGAAACUCGUGAGAGAUAGUCUAUCAGGUGUGUUUCCAGUCGAUGAUUGGGAAGUAGAUUCAUUCGACUACAUCGGAUCACACAUCCGAGUCUCCGUCGAUGGCGUACAUGUCGAUCAAGAGGCUUAUGCGAGCUCCAGGUUAUUCGAAAUCAAGAUUGAAAGGGGCAGGCCGACCUCGACCCGGCGACGGAGGAACAACGAAUCGACAAUCAGUCCCUGA